ACCCUGUCCAUAAUAAUUCCCGUAACACAAGAUGGCCGCGUCCACGAAAGGGGAAGGGUCGAGGUUCCAGGCAACGCAUUUCUCAACAGGAAAAUACUCGUUAUUUUCGGCCCAGACACACUAAUUUUCUUUUCCGGGUUAUGGAUUGGAACGCUUUACCCCACCGCUGUUCCACCAGUAGUUCAGCAUUUCAGAGAACUUGAGUGAAGAGCAGGAUCGCGCUCUUCAAAAAUGAACGAUGCGAGGGUUGCAAGCCCGGUGUCGGAGAGCGAUGAUUUGUUCGCGCGGCCGCCUUGCGGGAUCGUGGGGUCCAGCCCGGGCAAAAGUAAGCUCAGCCCCGCUGGUCCCGUCGUGGACGCGGGCAGCAAAUCCAACUCGGAUUUGAACUUUGGUGUCGGCAACUGGUCGCCAGAACUAGCUAGUACAGCCGGUCUCAAUUUUUCUUAUUUACCAACAACAUUUGGCGACCAGGAAAACCUGUCUUCCGAGAAUACUUUGCAUGACUUUGUAGGUAAAAUUCGGCGACCAAAGUCUCGACUUUACUGCCGGCGUGGCGCAGUAGUUCUGGCCAAAAAUCCGUUAGGAAAGGAUUUGAAAGGGGAAAGGAAGCUUCGACAUGCUGCAAGCAAAGGGGAUGUUGAGGAAGUCCGCAGGCUGUUAGAGGAUGGCAUCAACCCAAACAGGUCCGAUGACAAAGGACGGGCACCGUUGCAUUUUGCUGUCACCAAAGGAUGUCUCAAUAUGGUUCAGGUGCUUUUAGAUAAGGGAGCUGAUGUAAACCAAAAAGAUGGACUCGGAAACACGCCUCUUCAUCUGGCUGUGUUCAGCAACCACAUGGGCGUGGUCACAACACUCCUCGAGUCUGGGGCCAACACCCAUGAGCUAGACAGGGAAGGCCACACCCCGGUCCAUCUGGCCCGGUCUCGCCUGCGUCACAUCAAGGACUCCUGCGGCAUACCCUCCGUGCAGCUGCAGAACGAAGUCAUGCAGUUGGUGUCGAUGUUGAAGGUGUACAUGACCAGCAUGGGGUUGUCAGAGCACAUCCGACGUUUGGACCAACUCUCCUUACAGGUGCAACAAUCGACGACAACUGAACAGGUGGAUGCGAUCGAGGAUAUCCUGAACAGUUUUACAACUCUGAGUUUGCAGAAAUCCUGACGAGAUUGAAGUUUUUGCCACAUGGAUACAAACACCAUAGCUUCACUGUCAAGUAGGACAUCAAGUUGUGUCGGUAACAUUAAGUUUCUGCUCAGACGCUGUCAACUUAUUGAUUAGCAAGAAAUCAGCUUCCAUAUGAAAUUGUUUAUUGUUGCUUUCCGGGGGG